GCUCAGGGCACAGACACGCCACACAGGUCGUUCGGAAAGCGUCGACGAUCGCGCGUGGAAAUCUUACAUCUCACGAGUGAAUUUUUGAACUAAGAGCUAUUGAAGUGGAAGAAAAUAUGUGGCAUUAACAGAGGAAUUUUACUCCCUGUCGCUAGAAGCUCAGAGCCGAGUGUAAGCGAGAACAUUUAGACCAAUAUCUUCUACGGAUAAAAAAGAUGGAUGAUAAAUCUGGACAUGCUCUUCGGUGAUUAAGUAAUCCGCACCUUUCUUCUGCAGGCUGCGUCUCGGCCGUCGCGUGGGAGAGACUGGCUCGCCCGGCGCUCAGGCCAACGUUGAUGUGAUGGCCGCGUGUGUGUUGCUUCUUACUGGAUAUUUCCUUAAGCGAAAGAAAGGUGCUACAGAGGCCCUUCGACGUCCUGAGACAUUUGAAACGUAGGAAAUGUGCCCUUUGGAGACUUGCCCUUGCGUUUGGCAGGUACUGAUUUCUCUCUGUGAAUACCGGAGGAAUUAGGACACUGGGAUCACGUUACGCGCCGCCAUGGCCGAGCACCCCGAGGCCCUGGGCACGUCUCUGCCCGAUGGGGUCGCCUCCCAGAGACCUGAACCUCUUGACGCGGACCAGAUCCUCCAGCGGUGCCGGGAGGAGGCCCGUGUCCUCCUCUACACCACCAACAACACCCAGAUACUCGAUGACUUCACACUGUGCGAGGACUGCAACAUCACCAAUGAGGAACUCGAAAUCCUCGAACUGUCGGGAGUGUGCAGACCCUAUGACUUCUCAUACAUGCCCCUCAUUUACUACAUGUACGCGUCCAUAUUCGUGAUCGCGCUGUUCGGCAAUCUGUUGGUGCUGUACACGGUGGUGACGAGUCGCAAGAUGCACACCGUCACCAAUUUCUUCAUCGCCAAUCUCGCCGUCGGGGACCUACUCAUCAUGGUGUUCUGUGUUCCCUUCUCGGUCGCCUCCAUCAUCGUGCUGCAGUACUGGCCCUUUGGAGAGGGUCUCUGCAUCUUCGUCAACUAUUGCCAGGCGAUUUCCAUCUUCGUGUCCGCCUACACUCUGGUGGCAAUCAGCGUGGAUCGUUACUUGGCGAUUAUCUAUCCACUGCGACCUCGGAUGACCCGCCUGCAGGCCAAGGUCAUUAUUGGUGCUGUGUGGCUGUUGGCGCUCCUCACCACGCUGCCCAUUGCAGUGUUCUCCCGUCUCCAGUCUCUUGAAAGGAGGAGCUACCAGUACUACGAGCGCGAGGUGUGCAUGGAGGACUGGCCCGGCGAAGCCCUCAAGCCCUACUACACGCUGGCGCUGAUGGUGCUUCAGUAUUUCCUCCCGCUGGUGGUCCUUAUCUUCACGUACUCCAGGAUAAUUUGCCAAGUGUGGGGACAGCCGGGAUCACCUCACAAACAUCAAAGGACCAUGCAGGCCCCAGACAUGGCGUCGCCUGACACCGCCCACGGCCUCCUGCGUAAGAGCACCAACGACCCGUCGCCAGCCAAGAUGAUUCGGAUGACCUUGGCGGUUGUGACCGUGUAUUCUCUGUGUUGGCUUCCUCUCAACGUUCUCAUAACAACGUUAGACUGGUACGAAGAAGCGCUGAAUUGGGCCCACCUUCACCACGUCUGGUUCGUUUUCCACUGGCUCGCCAUGUCCCACGCGUGUUACAACCCCCUCAUCUUGUGCUGGAUGAAUACCAAGUUCAGGGAGGGAUUCCUCAACGUGUUUUACCACCUGCUGCCCUGCUGUCGAGAGCGGAUCGCCGAGUGUCUGCUGAAGCUCCGCCAGACGUCGGGGUUGCAGCGUGCGUAUACUUAUAGCACGGCGCUGGGAAGCUCACGCACGUCCAGGAACCAGAGGUACGUCGACGACCCCCUGCAGCGUCGCGGGUCGUGCUGCUCCUCAACCGGCUUCGUCCCCCUCCUGCAGCCGACCACGGACGUCCCUCUCAGAGUGUUCUGCACGUGCUCCCUCCAGACCUCUGUCAACGGCGUCAAUCGCUGCGGGGGGCGGGUCAGCACCGCCGCCUCCGACGUGCAAAUCCGAGCCGCCGACCUCCAGCACUACCACGUCAGCGGCAGGGGGGAGGCCGAGAGGGUCAGGGCGAGGAUGCAGUACCUGGAGGUGCCACAGCUGGAGCACCAGGCGGGCCAGGUCAAGGCCGUCGAGUCUAAGGUGUGAGAGGCUCGAGGCGGGGCCCUCGCUGUCUUAGUCUUUUUCUUUUUGUUGGUGCUGGUCUCUUCUGGUUCGUUUUUCUCCUCUCUCUAUCUUUGGAUACAUGCAUGCGUACAUACA